GCAACGUUUCACUGAGGUAGUGAGGUAAGGGUUAACUGUGCCAGCAACAAGGGCUUCUGCUCUGGUGUUCCGGAGCCAGCGUUGCCCCUGGUUUUCCUCUCGAUCGAUGGGCUCUGCGACAGGCCUUGGCAUCUGGCCCCAGUCUAGGUGGCCUGAGAGGAUCUCUACUGGAUGAGUGAGGGAGAGAGAGACAUUUUUGAGCUCAGGAGAAGAAAUACUUUGUCACACAGGAAACGUGAUGAAAAACAUCAUUAAAAGAGGACGGCACUGAAAGAAAGAGUGAUUGAGAGAAUGGAGAGGUAGAAUUCAGAAAAUGGCCACAGGAGGCUGAAAGAACAUCUUUUUCUCUACUUGCCAAGCAGAAAGAGAUACUGUAGAUAGAGAAGUAGAUAUGAGGUACAGCCACAGAUGCAUGGAUAAUUCAUGAAUAUGCUACAGGGAAACAGCAAGGAGAUGUGAGGCGUCAAACCUGUGCAACGGAGACAAGCCAGCUGUGAGGUUUCGUUGCCAAGGCAACUCAGACACCCACUCUACAGUGUUCGGCUCACCCUUGCUGAGCAGGCACAUUGGUCAAGACCCACUAAAAGCGACCGAACAACAAAAGAGAGAGGGAAAGAAAGAGUAAGCUCAGUUUGGAAGGUCAACCUAAAUCAAGAAGAGCAGCUGUAGACACCAGCAGCUGGAUUUCACCACCAUUCUGAUGCACUGCACCCGCUCGGACUGACGGGUUUUCUCUGGCAGCAAACUGGCAGAGAGAAAGAGGGCUCACACAGGUGGGCCAGCAACAGCAGCAGCAUCCCAGAGAUUAUAGAUUUGGAGAUUACAGGACAACAGCAGGUCAGGGCACAUUGCCUUGUCGAAAUCCGAGUUCUCCACCUCACCAAUUUCGUUAAGAGCUGUCAUUGUGAAAUUGGCAAGCGAGUCCUGCGACGCAACACAUUCUCACAUACUCGGCUGAUCACGUACUCCACUAGCUGCUAGACAGAUGCAGUGUUAGAAGUAUAGCAGAUAGACUGAUGCCAUUUUUUCUUUAACCCAGCUCCUUGCCUCUCAUAUCCCUUUUUUGCUUGAGCCGUGAUUCUUUUAAUCAUCUUCAUUGUCUUUUCUUCCCGUUUUAAUUUGGUUCAUUUUUAUUAUAAUAACAGAAUGUCCUAAAGUGCUGAUCUAGACUGGAAUGUUCAGACCCCACAUUUGGAAAGUCAAACUGUUGGAACCAGAGGUUCCUCAUAGUUAAAUCUGCAAGUUCAUUUCAUUGAAGACACCGUGAAGACCAAGGGACAGAUAUCUCCACACUUAAAGUAACUCACAGGAUAUGCAACUACUGCAGAAUGAAUGAGAUGGAAAGAUUUCGGAAAGUGUUGUAGAGCUAUUCAAGAUGUCUGCAAAAGAGUUUCAUUACAAGUCUGUGAGAAAGCUCCACCCUUUUCCACCUCUGGCUGUGAAGUUCGGCAUGGUGGCUCGUUAGACGGAGCGUACGGACAAACCGGAUUACAGUGACAAACUUGGACUCAUAGAGGACUGUAAUGGAACAGACACGGAUGACAGCCUAGCUUGUCUGGCACUGAGAUGUCAAAACCACAGAGGGGGCUAUUCCUCCAACUGUCACUGCAGGGAGAAUAGAGCCGAUCACACACACGCCUACAAGCAGACUGAUUUUUAGAGGUGAAAGACUGGUGUGUGUUUGAACCGUGGCAGUAUAGACAGUUCAAAAGCGUGAAAGAGAGAGCUGGAGGAGAUCCCAUAGUGUAGGGGGAAGAGAGCGAAAAUAAAGAGCGGUAAAAGGCUGCACGGCAGAGGUGACACAUUGAAAGGGAAGACUGACAGACUGGAGAUCAGCGGUGGCAGUUCACAAGCACACGGUUUUGUGAGACUCGCACACUUUUGGGUUUAAAGCCUGUGUUGCUCAGUACGCCGAGUAGUACUGAGUCCAGGUUGGGCACGGUGGCAGGGGCCGGUUCAUGGCAGUGGGGCGGGCGCAUGCCGUCUGUGCCUCCGCAGCGAGAGGGACGCUUAGGCUUGGGAUGGGGUUGGGGUUGGGCCGCAUGGGCACGGGCUCAGAGGACGGGUGAGCUGAGACCCUGGGUGCCUGUCGGAGGUGGACCCGCUGCGGCGGCGGCAGGAGAGCGCGGGGGCAUGCGAUGCUCCCUUCGCUUCUGCGUGGUCUUGGGAUCCCUGGCCCUCCUGUUCCUCACCUCGCUCUUCUUCUCAUUCUCCCUGAGAGGAGGAGUCGGCUUGCCUUACUUGGAACCUCCGGGAUGGGAAGAGUCACACAGGGUAAAGCUAGUGCCCAGCUACGCCGGUUCCCACCGGGUCGCCCCGGCCGAGAGCUCCCAGCAGAAGACAUGUGCCUGCUCUCGGUGCGUGGGCGACCCUGGUGUUUCUGACUGGUUCGAUGAGAACUAUGACCCAGACAUCUCGCCUGUCUGGAUUCGGGACAACAUCCAGCUGCCUUCAGACGUGUACUACUGGUGGGUGAUGUUGCAGCCUCAAUUCAAACCCCACAACAUCAAGCAAGUUCUACAGAGGCUGUUCCAGGUCAUUCCAGGCCGUUCCCCGUACGGUUCGUGGGACCCUGCCCGCUGUCUGCGCUGUGCCGUGGUUGGGAAUUCGGGCAACCUCCGUGGGGUAGGUUACGGUCCAAGGAUUGAUAAGCACGACUUCAUUAUGAGGAUGAACCUGGCUCCCACUGUAGGGUACGAAGAGGAUGCCGGCAGCCGUACCACACACCACUUCAUGUACCCAGAGAGUGCCAAAAACCUGGCGGCCAACGUUAGCUUUGUGCUAGUGCCCUUCAAGACUCUCGACUUGUUGUGGAUCACCAGUGCCCUCUCCACAGGCCAGAUCCGUUUCACUUACGCUCCAGUGAAGCAGUUUCUGCGUGUGGAUAAAGACAAGGUUCAGAUAUUCAACCCAGCUUUCUUUAAAUACAUCCAUGACCGCUGGACAUGUCAUCAUGGCCGCUAUCCCUCCACUGGCAUGCUUGUGCUGUUCUUUGCUCUACACGUGUGUGAUGAGGUGAAUGUAUUUGGUUUUGGGGCGGACAGCAGGGGAAACUGGCACCACUACUGGGAGCAGAACCGCUAUUCUGGGGAGUUUCGUAAAACAGGUGUCCAUGAUGCAGACUAUGAGGCCCAGAUCAUUGACAAGCUGGCCAAGGCUGGCAAGAUCUUAGUCUUUCCUGGAAAGUGAAUCUGGGCACCAGGUGCAAAGAAAUGGACCAACUGAUGGACUACCAUGAACAAAACCACCCAUUAUCCACUUGACACACUUAGUGUGCCUGUUAUACGUGAUCAAGAAGUAAUUUUUCAUGAUCUUAUUACCAUUCAAUGCUGUCCCGAGUGGACAGGAUUCUGGGCAGCAUCCCCCAUGAUGCGGUGGUUUUGAGAGGAGACGCUAGUACUAAAUGUACUAAUGUGCUUUUCCUUGCAAGCCUACCUCAACUAGGACAAGGAACUCGACUUGGCAAGGACUACUAAUAUCUCACCACUAAACAGCAUGUUAGGUAUAUGUGCUGGGAAUGGAUUUGGCUUAUAUUUAUGACUUUUGUUGAGUAGUAAUGAUGCAGGAACUCUUAUCUCACGCCGAAGCCAGCUAGAUGAGUGAGACCAACAAUCACCAUAGUGUAUCAUAGUACUCUAGUAGUUCUCUGUGAUUCAUUAGAGAUAGUUGACCCAAAGAAUGAAAAUUGCCAUCCUUUACUCAACCUCAUGUCAUUUCAAACCUGUAUGAUUUACUUUCUUCUGCAAAACACACUAGAUAUUUUGAAUGUUUGAACUGUCACUGGGGUCCAAAGUUGUUUUUGCACCAUUAUCAUCACAGAAGAAAACGUCUCACAGGUUUAGAAUGAAAUGGAGUCGAGUAAAUUAUGACAAUUUUCAUUUUUGGGUGAACCUUCCCUUUAAAUAAAAGCUUGGACAUAGUGGCGGGUCGUUUCACUAGUGUUAUAGCGUUGCAGUUAGACUCUUCACGUCACCAGGCGCAUGUGGCCAAGUGGAAGUUUAGUUCUUGCUGUUAAACUGAGCUUUAUUUUGUCUUAGGAGAUAUUUUAUGUUUCGUUUUUCGUGUUUGAAAUGAUCAUGCUAACAGUUUGCGAUCACUGUGUGCUCACAGCAGUAUGGACAACUUUUUGUUUAGUUUUUGCUAGUUACGUUUGGAUACUGAUCGUUCCUCUGGUCUGAGGAGGAUGAACCGAUACUUAACAAGAGGAGCUGAAACCACUGACGCAGUCCAAUAUGAACACAUAUGAGCAAUAUAUUAAGUACAUGUGAAGUAUGUUUAGAAACCAACUCUAAUAAAGGUGUGGUGAUUGUUCUAGAGAUGCACUGUGAACAGUGGUAGAGCUUCAUUGUUGACUCAGCGCACUACUCUCUUAAAUUUAGCAUAAUAGUGUUAUAUAAUGGAAAACGACAGAAAGAAGCAUUCAAUUGUGAGAAACUUAUGACUGCUGUCAGACAGAUCUUGAAGUUCUGGUGGAAUUCACUGAUAAGCCUUUUCUUGAAGGCAUGUAGACACUCCUUUGCUGCUGUUCAGUCAUUUACCAUCAACAGUAGGUAAUUAUUAUUAUUUUUUUUAUAUUUAUUGUAAAAUUUUGUAUAGUUUUGCCUUGUAUAACUUAUUACAUUAUAAAUGUUUAAGACCAUACGAAGGAUAAGCAGAAAGAUCCGCUUGACUGACAAGUGCUUUCUACGGAGCCCCUAAAGGGACAUAGUGAUGGGAAAAAAAUGCAAUAUGGGAGUAAAAUUGUAUUUCAACGCUUUUUGCAUUCCCCUGAGAAACAUUGUUCUAGCUAGCAAAUUGCUUGCAUUUCCCUGAGAAACUUUGCCUUACCUUGCAAAAAGUUUGUUACCCAGAGAAACUUUACAGUAGUUCUCAAAAUAUCAAAGAUAAAUAUUAUAUAAAAUAUAAUAGAGUACUUAGUUUGUGAAGGUUUUAUGAGCAAACAAAAGUUUUGUUAGGGAACACAAAGCUUAUUUGGGAAAAGUGAACAUUUUGCAAGCUA